AUGCCCUCACUACUACCUCAAGAAAUUUCGGGCGAAAUUAUCUGCUACCUCCACAAUGACAAAUAUACUCUCAAACGUUGUUCACUCGCCUGGCCCUCCUUCACCGCCGUCUGCCAAUCUAGGCUCUUCUCCAAAGUCAUCAUGAGAGCAUACAAGUCACGCUGCCGGGAGCGAGUUGGAAGCAGCGCAAGCAGCUUCAAACGGAUACUCGACACGUCGCCGCACAUCGCGGGGUAUGUAGCCUGCCUCAAGAUCUUCGACACGCCCUUCGUCGCCGAGAUGGGCCUAGCUGAGGAAUGGGUGUCGAAGGACGAUGGGUUGGCAGCGUGCCUCCUGCGGCUCACACAUCUCAAGGCGCUGCUUAUCACCCGCACGGACGCGAUGAAGCUCCCAAGCCUCGUCUGCCUUGAGCUCAUGGGCUGUCCGCUCGCUCUCCUUGAACGAGCUCGAGGAGGUACCGGACUCCAGCAUCUCACGCUGCGCUGCCCUGUGGGUCGAAUUUUGGACUCCGCAUGGUCAGCUUUGUUCUCUAUUGCGGACACCGUGGCUGCGCGAAUCCAACCAGUGUCCCUCGCGCUGCACUCUGAGGAUAAGGCCAUGUUCCUCGAGUUGAUCAUGCGGCCGGUGCUCAUGCUUGACCUGAGCAAGCUCAGGCGGCUGGCUGUCCAUGCUGGAAUUGGAGCGUCGCUGACGUCGGGCCACGGCGCCGUUGCUCAGCUUCUUCGAGUCUGCGCUAGGACACUCGAGGAGCUGAUAUUCUACCCAAGCAGUGAUGGUGAGCCCUCCUUCCAGCAUGCAUGCAUGCAUUUCUGCUCCAGCCGAUCAUGA